AAUGAAAGGCCAUCGGUCUUUUUGUUUUCUUUUCUUUCUUUUCUUUUUUGUCCUAUAAUAAUAAUUAUCUCAUGUGACCGAAUCGCAUCACAAUAAGCAACCCACCGGGAUUAAGACCAGAUUUUUUUUUAUUUUCACUGUGGUACACGCCAUCCCCAAAACUGAACGAAUUUCCGUUAAAAAAACGACGGAAAAGAAGAAGAUUAAAACAUAACCAAGUGCUGCAGUAGAAACAACAGUGAAAUAACAAGAUUAUAGUAAUGGGUUAUUGCGAUUUUAUUUUGAGUUUAAUUUUCGAGUAUGAUACUCCGAAGAUCGUCCACAUCCACAGUAAGAAAGUCGGCGUCAUCAAUCGUUUAUUACAACUGAUUAUAAUAGGAUAUAUUGUUGGGUAUGUUAUUAUCUACAACAAAGGUUACCAAGAAUUUGAUUAUGUAGUUGGAUCUAUCAGCACGAAAGUAAAAGGCAUUUCUUUGACAAACCGAACAAUUUUGUCAGACAAACCUGGAAUCUGGGAUGUGGCAGACUAUGUUGUUCCACCUCAGGAGAACGGGGCUGUGUUUGUAAUGACCAAUGCUGUUAUAACUUACAACCAGACUCAAAGGUGUCCCCAGGAUGUUGCUUCCGGUGACUUUUGUACCUCCGACGCUGACUGCCCAGCUGAAACAAAGAUACCAAGUGGCGAUGGCUUCAGAACUGGUCUCUGUGUAAACUCUUCCCAAAAUGGCACUAAAGUCUGUGAGAUUUAUGCCUGGUGUCCAUUUGAAAAUGAUACUUUAAGUGAGCCCUUACUGAAAUCAGCAGCUAAUUUCACCAUCUUCAUCAAGAACAAUGUUCAUUUCCCUAAAUUCAAUGUCUCCAGACGUAACAUAAUUGGUUUUGAAAAUAAUCGUCAGCUGAUGACCUGCCGUUAUGAUCCCCGAAAUGCUACAAAUCGUUUUUGCCCCAUCUUUAUAAUUCAGGAUAUUUUAGACUUAGUAAGAGGCGAUGACAGUACCGAAAGCAUUCUGAAAAUGGUAAGGAGAUUUGUUUACAUUUCAUUUUCCAACUUGCCCUCUCUCUUUCUCUUUCAUGCCUCUCUCUUUCUCUUUCUUCCGUUUACUUCUGGGUGUUUGGUUAAAUGCCUUGUUAGGGAUCUAUCUUGGUGCAUCAUAUUUCAUAGGGAGACAUAGGGAGAAUUCUGUCUC